UCUCCUCACCCCCAGAGUUCGGACAUCAAAUCCAAGUCCAUUUUCUCCCGUUUCCAUUGACGAGAUCCCUCCCUAUCUCUUAAAAGUCUCCACCCAUGGCGGCGUCUGUCGACAACCGGCAGUUCGACCGCCUCAAUCCGGGCAGCGGCCUUGGCAACCCGGUGGGAGCAGCAGCGAAUAACUUUCAGAAUACCCACCGUUCCAACUCCCCUGUUCGGGGCUGCAGCUUCCCGCCCCUUCUCCCCCUGCCCCCCGCCGGCGACCGGCAUGGCCGCGACAAGACCUACCACGACUCCUCCGACGACGACGACGACGACGAGGAGGAGGGAACCGACUGGAAAAUCGUCUACGGUGUCGGCAGCAGCCACCUGGAGGUGGAGCCGUCGAUCAACGAUCCUCGGGACGAGGCGACGUCGGACAGCUGGGUGGAGCGGAACCCCUCUCUCAUCCGCCUCACCGGGAAGCAUCCUUUCAACUGCGAGCCCCCGCUGGCUCGGCUUAUGCACCACGGCUUCAUCACCCCGGUCCCCCUCCACUACGUCCGCAACCACGGCGCCGUGCCCCGCGCCGACUGGGACGCCUGGACCAUCGACAUCACCGGCCUUGUCAAGCGUCCCACCCGGCUCACCAUGGACGAGCUGGUCCGCGGCUUCGCCCCGCUCGAGAUCCCCGUGACCUUGGUCUGCGCCGGUAACCGGCGCAAGGAGCAGAACAUGCUGCGCCAGUCGGUGGGCUUCAACUGGGGCCCCGCCGCCGUGUCCACUUCGGUGUGGCGAGGCGCGCGGCUCCGGGACGUGCUGCGCCGGUGCGGAGUGAUGGGUCGGAAGGACGGCGCCUUCCACGUGUGCUUCGAGGGGGCGGAGGACCUCCCCGGCGGCGGGGGUUCCAAGUACGGGACAAGCCUCCGGCGAGAGGUGGCCAUGGACCCGUCGAGGGAUAUUAUGCUGGCCUACAUGCAGAACGGCGAGCUGCUCUCCCCGGACCACGGGUUCCCGUUGCGGGUGAUCAUACCGGGGUUCAUCGGCGGCCGGAUGGUGAAGUGGCUCAAGCGGAUCAUAGUCACCCCUCAGGAGUCCGACAACUACUACCAUUACCGGGAUAACCGGGUCCUCCCUUCCCAUAUUGAUGCCGAGAUCGCGAACUCUGAAGCUUGGUGGUAUAAGCCUGAGUAUAUCAUCAACGAGCUGAACAUUAACUCGGUGAUCACCGCACCGGGUCACGACGAGAUCCUUCCCAUCAACUCAUUCACCACGCAAAGGCCAUAUACCAUGAAGGGUUACGCAUAUUCCGGUGGCGGUAAGAAAGUAACGAGAGUGGAAAUUACAUUGGACGGUGGAGAAACGUGGUUGGUGUGCACCCUUGAGCAUCCGGAAAAGCCCAACAAGUAUGGUAAAUUCUGGUGCUGGUGCUUCUGGUCGGUGGAAGUGGAGGUUCUCGACUUGCUUGGAGCCAAGGAAGUAGCUGUUCGGGCAUGGGAUGAGACCCUCAACACCCAACCAGAAAAGUUGAUAUGGAACGUCAUGGGCAUGAUGAACAACUGCUGGUUCAGGGUGAAGGUGAAUUUAUGCCGACCUCACAGGGGCGAGAUCGGGCUCAUGUUUGAGCACCCAACCCAACCUGGGAAUCUAUCAGGUGGGUGGAUGGCACGGCAGAAGCACCUCGAGACCACUGAUGGUGGACAUUCCCUCAAGAAGAGCAUAUCCACCCCUUUCAUGAACACCUCUGAGAAACAGUAUACCAUGUCUGAAGUCCGCAAACACUCAUCCCAGGACUCUGCUUGGAUUGUCGUCCAUGGCCAUGUCUACGAUUGCACCGGCUUCGUCAAAGAUCACCCUGGUGGUGCGGACAGCAUCCUCAUCAAUGCAGGCACCGAUUGCACGGAGGAGUUCGAUGCCAUCCACUCCGACAAGGCCAAGGCCAUGCUCGAUACUUACCGCAUCGGCGAGCUGAUCGUCACCGGCUACUCCUCUGAUAACUCCGUUCAUGGUGGUUCUAGUCUCUCCAACCUCGCCACCAUAGGGGAGGCCUCAAGAAACCCCACUGAAGCUCUUACGAAUCCACGAGAGAAGGUACCUUGCAGGCUUGUCUCCAAGACCACCAUAUCGCGUGAUGUUCGCCUGUUCCGCUUCGCACUCCCCUCCAGCGACCAAGUUCUAGGCCUCCCCAUCGGGAAGCACAUAUUCCUGUGCGCCACCAUCGACGGAAAGCUCUGCAUGCGGCCUUACACCCCAACUAGCCCUGUCGACGAGGUCGGCCACUUCGAACUCCUCAUCAAGAUCUACUUCAAGGGGGAGAACCCCAAGUUCCCCAAUGGCGGGCUCAUGUCCCAGCACCUGGAAUCGCUCCCUAUGGGCUCCAUCCUUGAUAUCAAGGGACCCUUGGGCCACAUCGAGUACGCUGGGCGAGGGCACUUCCUGAUCAACGGCAAACCAAGAUUUGCAGCAAGGCUCGCGAUGAUUGCCGGCGGGACAGGGAUCACACCGGUGUAUCAGGUGAUCCAAGCGGUGCUGCGGGACCAGCCGGAGGACCGAACGGAGAUGCACCUGGUCUAUGCGAACCGGACGGAGGACGACAUACUGCUAAGAGAUGAGCUCGAUGGAUGGGCCCGGGAGCAUCCGGACCAGCUUAAAGUGUGGUAUGUGGUGGGCGAAGCGAAGAGAAAUGAGGAGUGGCGGUACAGCACUGGAUUCGUGACCGAGAGCAUCCUCAGAGAGCACAUUCCAAUGGGGGGCUCCGAGGACACACUGGCCCUCGCGUGCGGGCCGCCGCCGAUGAUCCAGUUCGCCGUGCUUCCCAGCCUGGAGAAGAUGAACUACGACAUCAGCAGUUCUUGCCUUCUCUUUUAAUUGGAAAGCUGGAUUUCCCAGUUCUUGCCACGUGUACAUACCUGUUACUUUCUCAUCGUCAUCUAUAGAAUAAGGAAAAAGAGAGCUUGGAGAAAGAGAGAGUCGUAUGGAAUCUUUCUUUCUUUAAUUUAAUUUAAUGCGUAUAUUAUUGUUGUUUGGAAUC